AUGGCGCGCCGUCGCCCAGCCAGAGGCCGUGGCCGCGACCCGGAGGAGGAGCCCGUGGAGCAGGAAGAAGCCGUCCAGGAACAGCAGCCCGAACCUGAGGACCCCGAGGAGACAGAGCAAGCCGACCAAGAAGCAGACGAGUCGGCCGCAGAGGAAGAGGAGGAUCAAGACGACGAAGUCAGGACUCUACAAUUCAGGGAGGAGCUAUCCUGGCGCCCUGCAAAGCCAAUUGCCAGCGCAACUCUCGUGGCCCGCCUGGAGCGGCUAUCCAAAGAGCUCGCUGAUCACGAUCAGGGAGCCAUCGACCUCGACUCUGUCAAGGAUGUGGCUGAGAAGUUGGCGCAUCGAAAUCUCAUCCAACACAAGGAUCGUGGUAUGAUGUUCAGUCUCUUUGUUAAAGACAUCCUACCCGCCCUCUACGAUCCAACGAACCCUUACAACAUGCAACAUAAAUACGUUCUGCUGUCUUUGACUGAAGUGAAGAGCGUACUUCUCAUUUUCGACAUCUCGGGCUCUGACAAACUUGUUCUUGAGCUCUUCAACUCGACGUUUGAUGGUAUUUCCAACAGCUCCAAGUCAAAGUCAGGGGAGCAGGUUGCCAAGGACGUCGAGAUUCACCUGGGUACCAUGCUCUCUCUUCUCAUCGACGAAGCGCCUGGCAGUGUUCCGGCGAGCGUCAUCGACGCUAUCAUCAGCCAGUUUCUGCGGGCAGCACCACCGGGGGGCGUCCGCAGCAAGGAACAAAACGGAAACCAAUCCACCUUGCUACACAAGACGGAGCCUCCAGCCUACCUCAUGGCCAGUAAAAUAUGCAACGAAUGUGCUGAUAAAAUGACAAGAUACGUGAGUCAAUACUUCAGCGAUGUCAUUAUCGGGGCUUCUAGUUUCGCGACCAAAUCCAACGGCCACCAGCAAGGAGAGGAUUCAGACGAAGAAGACGCCAAUGCAGGUCCCUCAGAAAAUGACCUUAAAAGUCUUCGCCAAGCCCAUCUUCUGAUUCGUGAACUUUGGCGCACCGCACCCACCAUACUUCAAAACGUCGUGCCUCAAAUAGACGCCGAGCUGUCUGCAGACAACUUAUACCUUCGACAACUCGCCACCGAGACCUUUGGAGACAUGAUAUCCGGCAUUGGAGCGGCUGGGCCUCCUCCUCCACCUGUAUUGGAUUGUACUGCAUAUCCUCCCUUGCGACUGUUGGACGAUCCAUCUAGCACGUCGCUGGAGAGUGGGAAUGCAUUGACAAAACCAUAUUCUCCCCACUCUUUUGCUCAGACACAUUCUGCCACGUACAGAAACUUUGUCGGACGAAAGAAUGAUAAAGCAGGUGUCAUUCGUGCCGCUUGGGCAACUGCGGCGGGCUACAUUUUGGCCACAUCGGCCGGCGGGAUCGGUUUGAGCAGGGUGGAAGAAAAUGAGUUAAUCAAGGCGCUUGCAGAGAAGCUCAACGACAGUGAGGAAAAGGUCCGUCUGGCAGCCGUAAAAGCGAUUGAGCUCUUUGAUUUCCGAGAUAUCAUCUUGAAGCUCGGGACCGCUGGCGGUAUUGAUAAGGAGGGCUCUAUCUUCGCAAACCUCGGAGAUCGCAGCCGAGAUCGAAAGCAAGCUGUUCGAGUUGAGGCUAUGGUGCUCCUUGGAAAGUUAUGGGCAGUGGGUGCCGCGGAGAUUGCUGAUGGUCAGGAGGCAGUUACGGCCUGCUUGGCUGGUGUCCCAUCACGCAUUUUCAACGCCUUCUAUGCUAAUGAUGCCGAUUUGAAUGUUCUGCUUGAUCGCGUCAUGUUCGAAUGCCUGGUUCCUCUUAAAUAUCCGCUUGUCAAAGGGAAGGACGGCAAGGCAAAAUCCGGUCCGAGUCAGAGCAAGAGUGGUGGCUUAAGCGCCGCAGAGCAAGACACACUUCGCGCCGAGAGGAUUCUACUGAUGCUCAAGUCUCUCGAUUCCCCAGCACAGAAAGCAUUCUUUGCCAUGCAGGCACGGCAGCCUCAGUUUGCCAUUGCAGUCGGGCUAUUUAUCAAGCAAUGUGAGGCCUACAAUGGUGGCGUCAACGUCGAGGGCAGUGAGGAGAAGAUCAAAGCAUCAAUGAACAAGACCCUACACUGGCUGGGUGCGUAUUUCCCUGACCAACUCAAGGUUCGCAACGACCUGCACAAACUUGCCAAACUCAAUGACAGACGGGCGUAUCAACUCAUAAAGUAUACGAUUGAAUCGGAGAGUGACUUCCAGAGAGUGCGCCGAUCUAUCCACGAGCUUAUCCCCAAGCUGCAGGAAAGCAACGCGGCAAGUUCUCUGGAUACCCUCAUUCCUCUUCUCUAUAGAUCAGGUUCCUUGAUUUUCAAUCGGAGUCAUCUAACCACUAUUAUGGAUUACUCCAAGAGCGAUAAGGAUGGCCUCGCCAGCGUUGCCCACUCCAUCCUGAAUGAAAUCUCGACACGGAAUCCAGAUCUAUUCAAGGCACACUCCGACGAGCUUCGCAAGUCAAUUAUCGACCAGGCCCCAGCAGCGAGCAAGCCUAAUGACCAUGCUGUUGUGGACAUGCUCAAGGCAUUUUCUUCUUACUCGAAGAAGUAUCCAGAUGAAGUGAAACCGGAUAGAAGCUUCACGCAAACCCUCAUGAAUUACGCCCUCUACGGAUCUCCCCCCAAAGCGGCCAAGUAUGCUGUCAAUAUUCUGCUCGCAAAGAAUGACGACAAAAGCAAGGUCACGGCGACAACUCUCCUACAGAAAGUGAUGAAAGGCUUGGAAUUUGGCUCACCGAAUUUCCUCAACAAACUUGCCACCAUUAGCCAGUUGGCAAGGCUAGCACCAACCGUCACUGCGGAUUCCGAUGAUGCAAUCACUGAGCUGACCAUCAAUGGUAUCUUGCGAGAGGUGCGCACCGACGCCAAACCUACUGACCCGUCUUGGGUACCUGAAGCAGAUGUGGACGAGGAACUUCAAGCAAAGACUUUGGCGUUAAGGAUUCUAGUCAACCGUGCGCUAUCGUCUGUCGAAGAUGCUGAUUCGCAUGAGAGAGUUAAGCCCCUUUUCAAACUUCUGAAAACACUUGUUGUUCAGGAGGGCGAAUUUUGCAAAGUCAAAGAUACGCCACUUCAUCACAAAAAGCGCCUCAGGCUACUUGCUGGGCAGUCGAUUCUGAAGUUAUGCGCAGUGAAGAAGUACGAUGAUCAGUUGGAUGCUGCAAGCUUCAACAAGUUGGCUGAGCUUGUUCAAGACAGCGAGCUUCAGGUUCGCUGUAGCUUCAUGGAAAAGCUUCAGAGUUACCUGACCAGGGGCAAACUACGAGCACGUUUCUAUACUAUCCUCUUCCUAGUCGCCUUUGAACCGGUGACGGACGUUAAGAACAGAGUGGAAACCUGGAUUCGGUCUCGUGCUCACUUUUACUCGGAGAACAAGAAGCCUAUUCUGGAAGCCAUGAUGGGUAGGCUGAUACCCCUUUUAGCGCAUCACCCGGACUAUAGCUCCGAACAAGAGGAUCUUGUCGAUUUUGCCAAGUACAUCCUUUUUUACCUGGGCACGGUUGCAGAGGAGUCCAACAUCUCUCACAUCUACAAGUAUGCAGAGCGCGUAAAGCAGACUCGUGACGCUCUCGAUCCAGAGAAGAGCGAGAACCUCUAUGUUCUUAGCGACUUGGCCCAGGCUGUGAUUCGUAAAUACCAGGAAAAACGAAAUUGGAGCUUCCAGGCUUGGCCGGACAAAGUCGGGCUGCCAACAGGCAUCUACGCAGCUUUGCCAUCGAGCGAGGUUGCACAGCAAAUCGCAAAGAAGCUAUAUAUUCCGGACGAAAUCGAUGAGAAGCUUGAUGAUUUAAUUAGAGCUCAGGAGCGCAAGAAGAAGAGGAAGUCUCUUCAUGAGUCGGCGGAUCACCCUGCGAAGAGACCAAGGAACCAAAUCAAAACCGUUAUUCGAGGGAAGCCCAAACCAGCCAAGACGAGCGCAAAGAAGAAGACACCCAAGCGCAAGUCAACCAAAAACCCCAACGUCUCCUCAUCGCCGGUGCCGCUAUCAGAGCGCAGGCGGAGUGGCCGCGCACAUGUGUCAUCAAACUACAGGGAAAGGGACGAUGAAGAGGACGAGGAGGAAAUGCUGGAUGGAGUUGCCGAGUGGGACUACGGUUCAGACAGUGACGUGGCAGAGUCUGGAGACGAGCAUGAGGAGAAUGGCCAUGAGGCCGAAGAAGAUAAGGGAGAGAAUACUUCAGAUAAUGAGGAAGUGGAAGAAGAGGAAGAACAGCCUUCUGCACGCCGAGCUGUGGCCAAGAAGAAGACGAAGCCAACAGCUGAGGCACGAAAGAGCCCUCGGUCAACACGAGCCAGAGGAAAGGGUGCCAAGGCUACCGACUCGGACAUGGACGUUGACGAUAGUGACGAAUGA